UUUACUUUCAGAGGGGACCCUCAUAUUGUUUGCCACAUUGAGCCGCAAAGUGAGAGAGCAAAGGGAUGGUUCUUCCUUUUUUCUUCUUACUCCUCAUUGUGACUCAAGCCUGGUCAGUGAGACCCCAACAACUCCAACAACAAAGCAAAAACAUAUUCAUCUUAGCAGGACAAAGCAACAUGGCCGGACGUGGAGGCGUGGUUAACAACACCAUUACCGGCAUAGCCACAUGGGAUGGCAUUGUCCCACCCCAGUGCUCUCCUAACCCCUCCAUUCUCAAACUCAGUGCAAACCUGACGUGGGUUUUAGCCCAUGAGUCUCUCGAUUCGGAUAUUGAUUUUAACAAGAUUAAUGGGGUUGGACCAGGCAUGGCUUUUGCCAACUAUGUGUUGGGUAAAGAUCCCAAUUUUGGGAUCAUUGGUCUGGUCCCUUGUGCCGUAGGAGGGACUAAGAUAAGUCUGUGGGAAAAAGGGACUUUCCUUUACAAACAGAUGAUGAAGAGGGCUCAAGCUUCUGUGCAAAAUGGUGGGACAAUCCAGGCGCUUCUAUGGUAUCAAGGAGAAAGUGAUACAGAGAGUCAAGAAGAUGCCAAAUCCUAUAGAGCAAAAUUGAAGAAGUUUUUCUUGGACGUCCGAGAUGAUUUGCAGUCUCCUAUGCUCCCUAUAAUCCAGGUGGCUCUAGCAUCAGGUUCAGGACCUUAUAUAGAGAUUGUUAGAGAAGCUCAGAUGGGAAUUGACCUACUGAACCUGCGAACCAUUGAUGCCAAGGACCUGCCACUUGAACCGGAUAACCUGCAUCUAACCACAGCAGCGCAGGUUCAACUUGGGAAGAUGUUCGCUGAUACAUUCCUUAAAUUUCUACCCAGUGGUCCUAUUGUGAGUCCUAUUGGCAGUAGUGCACCUAGGAAUUCUUCUAAUUUUGUUGUUAACAUUUUGAUAGUUCCAUUAUUACUAUGUAUCAGAAUGAUCCUAACUAACAUUGUCUAACAAUCAGAUAGCUUUUGCAAAUAUGGAAAAAAAAUACUAAAUUGUGAAAUAGAUCUUUAUGAAAUAUGAGAAGGGAAAAAGAUUGUACAUUUUUAUUGUGGUUA